CCGCCCCUCCCUUCCUGCCGCCGCCCCUCGGUCCGCCCCGGGCCGGCUGCGCUCCGUGCCGCCCUCGGAGCCCGCCGAGCCGCCGCACAGUGCAGCGCCAUGGCCCGCGAGGAGGCGGCGGUGGCCGGCGAGGAGGUGGCGGCGGGCGAGGGCGGCGGGCUGCUGAUGGAGAUCGUGGGCUCCCCGCUCAACCUGAGCCUGCUGGGCCUCUGCCUCUUCCUGCUCUACCAGAUCCUGCGGGGCGAGCGGCCCGCCGCACCCGCGGGCGAGGCGGACCCGCCGCCGCUGCCCAAGAUGAAGCGCCGCGACUUCACGCUGGAGCAGCUGCGGCCCUUCGACGGCGUGAGCGACCCGCGCAUCCUCAUGGCCGUCAACGGCAAAGUCUUCGACGUGACCCGCGCCAGGAAGUUCUACGGGCCCGAGGGCCCCUAUGGGAUUUUUGCUGGAAGAGAUGCAUCCCGAGGUCUUGCCACUUUCUGCCUGGAUAAGGAGGCACUGAGGGAUACCUAUGAUGACCUCUCUGAUCUCAACGCUACACAGCAAGAGACCUUGAGGGACUGGGAGUCACAGUUCACUUUUAAGUAUCAUCAUGUUGGUAAGCUGCUGAAGGAGGGGGAGGAACCCACUGUGUACUCUGAUGAAGAUGAAAAAGAUGCCCAGGAUGCAAAGAAAGAGUAGAUACUGCAGUGAGGAACAAUCUAUUUUUGAACCAUAAUGGAUCAUUUGUAACAUUCCACUUCUGUUUCACAAGGUGCAGCAGCAUCCAGGCUUACAAAAGGUCCAGAGGUACAGUGAACGGUUUCUUUUCAAAGAUUUCCUUUUCAAAUUCAGUGGGAAGCUUCUGAAGGUCUAUGAUGUCUUCCUUUAAACCCACAUAAUAAGAAGUAUGCAUGACAAAUGUCUGUGCACAAGUAAACUGCAAUUUUGGCAAUAAAGGACUAUUUUUCUGCUAUCACCAUUUAGUGCAAAGUAGGUGGAAAUCAAGUUUUUCAUUACCAGCCUGUCACUGUGGAGACAAGCACAUGACUCACUUCAUAUAUGCAACAUAAACACCACUAAUUCUUCUUUUGUGUUAGCUUCUGCAGGAUCUGGCAGAUCUUACCUGGGUUGUAAUUCCUUUAGAAAAGGGACUGUAUUUUGUUUGUCCACAAAGCAUCAUACUAAUUUGUUGUGCAGUGUAAUUCAUUAUUAUGUAAAAUAAUUUGGCUUUCAAGGCAUUUCAUUAGUGACUUACAGAUGAAACACUAACUGCUUUUAAAAAAGAUUAAGAAUUUUUGUGAGGUUAAAUCACUUUUAAGUAUUUAAUGAGGACUGAUGAAUGCUUGAUGUAUUCAACAUGCAUAAUUCUGCACAGACUAAUAUUCUCUGUUCACUUUUAAAGCACAUGUAGUGUUGAAACACUUUAAAACACACAUAGUGUUACAGAAGUUUAGACAAUGAGUGGAACUAGGCAUCCUUAAAGGUACACCAUGGAGUGUGACUUGACUAUUGUUCAUUUGAUUUUCUUCUUAGCAAAAAGCGCUCCUGUGAAUGUUAAUGGAAUUAUAUUAAACAUGGAAGAUCAGCUGCUCUUGAUUCCUAGGCCUAAAAAAACAAGAAGUUACUGGUAUGGUAUGAUUAGCAAGUGCUCUUGUACAUGCACCUUUACCUGGCAGAAAAACAUUGCUGGUCAACAUAACGUAUAUAAGUUUCCUCUACAAAGUAAAACAGCGUAAGCUGUUUCUGCAUUGAGGCCUUUGUUGGUUUGGAAUGUUGCCAUUAAAAGAAAUGACACAAUCUCAUGCAUAAACAGCAGUGCUAUACCUGUGGACCUGACCUUUGAGUUGAUUUUUACUUAUUUGCUCUCUUGGCUUAUUUACUCUAUGCUUAAUUACUAGGUUUUUUCUAAGUGACCUGCCUCCUACCAGAGAGGUCUGGGUAAAUGGAUAUGACCAAGGAAAAACGUAAAUGUUCAUCAUCCAAAAUACUUCUGUAAAACUUUCUUUAAAAUUCCAAGAUAACUAAUGAUUUGCUCAUCACUUGUGAACUUGUUUCCUGUCCAGGUGAUUCUGCUAGUGCAGAAUAUCCAGGGUGCCUGUCUGGUGUAGUUCCCUCCGUUUAAUUUCUCUGACUCGACUGUCUGGUUUUUUCAAUUUGGCAAUGUGACCAAAAUGAUGAACUGAGUCCUGAGUAGGAAGGUGUAAACUAGGCAAAAGUGUUCAGAAGUAGAGUGUGUUGCACAACAGCAGCUUUCAUAAACAAGUUGACACAACCUAUCAAAGUGCCUGAGACCAUCUGUGGUGAGAACAACUGACUCUCCCUCAGUCCCAACACUGUCCUGGGAUUUUCUUUUGGUUGCACUGGGCCUUCCAAUGAAGAGCGAGGUUGUUUGAGCCAGAGCUGUGUAAAGUAGUACUGUAUGAACUACCUGACAAAGGUCUAGAGACACACAUAGACCUUGUCAUGACCUUUGUGUUGCUAUUUUAUUUUUAGAGACAUUUAUACUCUUUGCAAACUACUACUAAUGGUUUACCUCAAAUUGGAAAUGUGCUUUUAUUUGUUUAAGGCAAAAAAUAAAAUACUCUUGCAUAA